AUGGAAGACCAAGCGCGCGAUGCACUACCACCUGGUUACCGGUUCUACCCGUCCGAGGAGGUGCUCCUCCGCUAUUACUUAACCAAGAAAAACGAGAACCGGGAGGGGGGUUUCAAAGGUUCUGAUUUGAUCAAGGAACUGGACCUGUACGAUCACGACCCCUUCGAAUUACCAGAAGUUGCGUGCUUUCCGUAUGGUUACGGAGGGAGGAAGAAACAUUGGUUCUGUUACACCGUUAAAGAGACCAAACGCGGAAGCAGAAAGGUUAAAAGCGGGUUCUGGCUGCGGAAGGGAAGGAUUCGGGAUAUUCGCGAUAACGGUGGGAUUGGGAACGCUGUUUUGGGCACGAGGUCGCGUUUCGUUUUCUAUGUCGGGAAUUCGCUGAAAAACGCUACCAAAACGGAUUGGAUUUUGUACGAGUAUGCAUUGGUUGACCAAAUUCUGGCGUCGUUCGUGCUUUGUCGUGUGGUGAAUAAGCCUCAUCAUAAGAAUAGUCCAUCAGAGAUUGGUCUCAGUUGUUGUGCUGAAGAGAGUGCCGCGGUGGCUGUGCGUCACGUUGGUGUUCAGCAUGAUGGAUGUAUCGGAGGUGAUGUUGAAGGUAAGGUGUGUGAUGAUGGUUUUGUUAAUAGAGAGGCUGAGGCUGCUGAGAAUCCAAUUAGGUGUGGUGGUGAACAUGAUGAUAAUGCUGCACCUGUUUCAGUUGCUCAGGGAAGUCAGCCGAUUCAUGAAAGGCCUUCUGGACUUCCCUGUGGCAGUUCAUUGUUCGUUGAAGCUGUGACAUCUCAGCAACAACUGCUGUCCAUUCUAGAGGAAGAUUUCAUAGAAUUGAAUGAUAUUGCAUGA